AUAAGUAAGCUCCGCGAGCGCUCCAAAAACCCAAACAAACACCCAAUCGCCACUUUAAUGGGCUAACGCGGUAGCCAUUUUGAAGCCGUGCCAACGAAGCGAAGGUCCGGUCUGCAUAAGUGCAGAUACUACUACAUGUGAAAGCAACACUACAAGAGGACGGAAAAUACUAGGAGUAACUGCACAGCACCUUUCCUGACACAUGCUCCAUAUGUUCCUACACUUUCUUUGCUUUGAAGAAAGGAAGAUAUUUGCCUUUCAGAGGUUCCUUCUUUUAUGUACACGUUUAUUUUUUGUCUUUCAACAAAGGAGUCCCAGGUGUGUUGUGACACACAGAACACUGAUUGUAAGAGAUUGCUGUUAUACUGUUUAAAAACUUUUGCACUCUCAUCCUUCAACCACACAACUACAGCUAAUUAUACCAGCAAAUAUAAUAGGACAGAUGAAGAAAGCAACCAAUCUAACCAGCCGUUGAGACACCAUUUGUCUUUAGCAUGCAUUGAAAAGCUGCAUUUUAAUGCGUUGUUCUACAGUAUCAACAUUUCACUGACCGGAAUUGAAGAUGCCAGAAAUGUAACAGUGGAUUCUACUGCCUUUACUGUCAUGUGACUGUAAUACUAGACACCUUUUUUUCCCCCUUCAACCCCAGACAGCCUUUUCACCAGUUUAAUGAGGUGAGCUGUGGUUUUCAGUGACCUCCAUUGGAAUAAAAAGAGGUCUCUGAAUUGAUUUAUUUUCUGCAUGUGUUUGGGUAGAGCCUAAAAUGACUAAGAGCUGGCACUCAUAGUGGCAGGAGAAGAGCCAGAACCUCCUUCCAGCACACUUCUGAUGUCAUAGUGGAACUGUCCCGUUCACACUGACAGGGCUCGAUGCCCCAGAGCUUCCAAUCUCAGCAGACAACCUGCACCUGCCUCUCCCAUUGGGCAAUUCACUUGCCUGUACUGAGCCCGCCAAUCAGACCCUUCUGUUUCACAAACGGAUCAAGCAGGUUCCAUGUGUCUCUUCCCCUGACAAAGAAUCCUACCUGCUUCGGGUAGAGUGAUCAGGACGAAUUUGGGGGUAACAACGCGCCUCUGGAACACCAUUCCAGAUAAUCCCAGAAUCCUGUGACCCGACUCCCAACUUUUCACCCUGGACGACUGGGUCUGCCUCUGGGGAAAGGGGCUGUUCUGUCCUGGAGGAGGAGGAGGGCUCGGCAGUGAGGUGCUGCUCUCCAUCACACACUCUGAGUCAAUCCCACAGAGGAGGCAGAGACUGAGAGGAAGAGGAGAGGACUUCAGAGCCAAAGACUCUGGGAUCCUUGCCAUGAGGUUUGAUGCCUCGAUCCACUGACAGGAGACACUGGACCUAAAUGGCGCAGCAUGACUUUGUUCCUGCCUGGCUUAACUUCUCCACGCCCCAGCCUGCCAAGUCCCCUGCAGCCAGCCUAGAGAAGCAUGGCAACCCCCAUCACCACCGGAACAGCCGUGCUGCCGUGAGCCGCCGCCGACACAACUCCUCCGAUGGCUUCUUUAACAACGGGCCCCUGCAUGCCCCCGCAGGUGAUGGGUGGCAGCAGCCCUCUCUCCUCCUGAGACAUGACUCUGUGGACUCUGGGGUGGCCAAGGGGGGGCAUGGUGGUCUAGCGGGGGGGUCCUGCUGGAAGGAGGCUCAUCCCACCUGGCACGGGGCGCCACGGGCGGCACAGGACAGGCACCACCACCCGGGGCGCCAACCCAAACGCCAUGGGACGGGAGGAGGGGACAGGCAGGGGGGACACCGGCAGCGCAACGGCAACUUCCAUCCCCGCAAGAGCGCCCCUGGGACCCUCUACCAGGACAAGUUCCCCAAUGAUGAACACAGCAGGGAGGACAAUCUGAAGUUUGUGGAAGAGGACUUUCCCUCCCUUAACCCUGAAACAACUGGAAAGCCUGGGAACCAGAUGAGGCCAGUGGCUCCUCACGCUGGAGUAUGGGAGAACCCGCCUAGUGGCAAACAGAUGGUGUCUAAGAUGCUGGUGAUCAAGAAGGUUUCCAAGGAGGACCCAGGAUGCACUGCGUUCUCUACUGGCUUCGCCAGCUCCGGAGCCCCGCCCAUCAAUGGCAGCAAAGCCCUGCCCACCAUUGCUAGCUCUACCCACUCAGUCUAUAAGAACCUGGUGCCCAAGUCUGCCAUGGUGCCCACCAAGCCCCCUCAGUGGAAGCCGAGUGGGAGAGACUCCACCAAGCCUGGCCUCCACCUGUCAGGACGAGACUCUGUCUUCACCAGCCCUGUGUCUGCAGCCAAACCCUCCGCCCCCGCCACCCAGCUACAUAGCCACAACACCCCCAGAGAGCGUCCUUUCAGUACGACUCCUCCCAUAGAUAUCGCCUCUUCGUCACGGCUGAAGCUGAUGCGGCGCGGACCAGACCGGAAGAGUGACUUCCUGCGGACGCUGAAGGACGAGGUCACCGGUGACCUCACCUCCAGCAGCAGCCCUGGGACACCUGGAGAGGGCAAGAGCAGCACCCCAGAGCCCAAAGCCUACAGCCAGGGAGUCUGCAAUGAGAACGGCCUGUCUCACUCCCUCAGCGACUCAGACACUGAUCACUUGUCUAGCUCACUGGAGGCAGAACACCGGUUACUGAAGGCCAUGGGCUGGCAGGAAUACCCAGAAAACGAUGACAGCUUCCUGCCCCUGACUCAGGAAGAGCUCAGAGAGUUCCAGACUAAAACUGAACAUCUGAAGAGGAAUGGGAUCAUCCCCCUCCACUUCACCCACUGGAGGUGUGUGGCCAAGGCCCACUUACAAAAGGACGAGGGCUCCGAGUCUGAAACCAGCAGCCAGACCUCAGACGACGAUGAUGUCAACCUGACGAAGUGGCUUUAAAGAACAAACACACACCCCUCUCGUCUUCAGAACACCUGUUUGACUUAUUCUUGCACAAGGGGAAAUUCCAGUGGAGGGGGAAGUUCCUGCUUAGCCAUGCAGAUGUAUUUGUCCUGCGUUGCACCUCUUCCCCCUCGCUUUGUGGAACUGAGUGUUUGUCAAGGAAAGGGCAAUGCACAUCUGAUUUAAGAGACUAACAAUAUUAAAAUGGUAUCCUGACAUGUUUCAAUAGGAAUCAG